AUGGCUUCAAUAGGCUGGUUUCCCCGUGCCAAAUUUGGUCCGGGCUCAACAUUCCUUUUUGAAAAGCCAACAAUCAGCGCAUGGUCAAUCCGAGAGAAACAGUCCCAGCAUAACUACCAGCGAGAGGAAUGGGAUCUCGAAGUCUGGCCCAUCAACAGCCGAGGCAACAUUCCACGUUCAGCAGGACCAUGGUCCAACGGCAUAUAUGCGAUUCCACAUCCAUCUACCGAAUUUGAGCCUCGUGAAGUUCGGCGUCGCCAAGCCGCUCUCUGUCCACAUCAUGAAGUCAACGCCCUAAAGUGCUUCCACCAGGAACAUGCCACUAUGACACCCGCCCUCCUCGGGAUUAGGGAGGAACUCCAAGGCGACGAUGAUGUUGUUCCAGGUGGUUACAUAGUCUACAUGGUGUUCCAGCACGUACCCGGAUUUCGACUUGCCGAUGAUCAAGGAGCGCCUGUCCCUGGGCAUCCAUUACAUACGUUCUUUCGAAAGUUCAAGCCUGCGGAACGAGCCAAGAUUCGUGAUGAGUUCGACAAGAAUUACCCUAAGCUGGCGGAGUUGAAUUGGUCACUCCACGAACCCUGGGCCGACCAUCUUGUGUGGGAUCCUGACUCCUCGAAGCUGUGGUUCGUCGAUUUCAGAAAAGUGAUGGAAGCGGGCUGGCUGAAGAGAAUCCGCUCGCUACGCCACGAACAAAAUCCCCAUACAGAGGUGGACCGGGGCCCCAUGCAUCGUAUCUGGAAACUCUGGGGGUCUUGCCAUUCCCCUUCCAACCCAAAGGAUCUAGACGAACCUACGGCAUGGAAACUCUGA